AUGAGCUGGGAUGGCUUUAAGAAGGCAAUUAAUCGAGCUGGUAAUAGUGUGCUCGUAAAGGAUGUGGACAAAACAGUCGACAAGGAAUAUAACAUGGAAGAACGUAGGUUCAAAACACUCGAGAAAGCAGGUGAUUCUUUGACUAAGGAAGCUAAAGGUUAUCUUGAUUCGAUCAGAGCUGUUACUGCAUCACAAGUCGCUAUUGCUGAAGGUAUAUCCAGUCUGUAUGAUGAUUCUAAAUUUGUAACGGGAUCGAACUACAAUGUUGGAAGAUAUUAUUUACAAAGUGUACAAGACUUUGACCAAGAAACCGUGAAGCAACUAGAUGGCCCGUUUAGAGAGACUGUUUUAGACCCUAUAACUAAAUUUUCGAGUUACUUCAGAGAAAUUGAUGAUGCCAUCAAGAAAAGAGAACAUAAGAAGAAGGACUAUGAUGCAGCCAAGGCCAAAGUUCGUAGAUUAGUGGAUAAACCUGCAAAGGAUGCAGCAAAGCUUCCAAGAGCUGAAAAGGAAUUGGCAUUAGCCAAGGAUAUUUUUGAUAAUCUAAAUGAACAGUUGAAGACAGAGCUUCCACAGUUGGUCUCUUUGAGAGUCCCUUACUAUGAUCCAAGUUUCGAAGCCCUAGUUAAAAUCCAGCUACGUUUCUGUACAGAUGGUUAUACAAGAUUGGCACAGAUUCAACAGUAUUUAGAUCAACAAUCAAGAGAUGAUUAUGCUAAUGGUGUUCUAGAUGACAAGAUAGCCUCCUUGUUACAGCAAAUGACAAGUUUGGAUAUUUGUGCAUUGGGCUUCAAGUAG